AUGUCCGUUAUGCCUCCCCUAUACGCUCCAACUGUUUGCCUAAAAGCCCCAAGCGCACUCCAGGCGGCCCUGCAUGCUGAAGACUACACCCCCCUCCUGCCGGAUAUCCAAGGGGCGAGAGCGCCUUCUACGUGCAACGGGGGGCCCUCUUCGGAUCCCCCGCCGAGGAGACGCAGCGAGUCAGCAGUUGCGGGAAGGAGGCGCUGCUGUGGAGGCUGUGGUCGCCAGCGUGCCUUUUACUGCAGCAGCUGCUGCUGCCUCGUUCUUUCAGAAGCAACAGCAAGCCACGUUCCCCGAGUUGCCUUGCCCUUCCGCCUGCAUGUCGUGAGGCAUCCCAAAGAAAAAGCGGCAAAGUCCUCUGCUAUUCCGCUGCGCCUCCUGGCACCCAACGACGCGGUGCUCUACGAGGUUCACGGGAGUCUCCUCAGCACUCGAGUAUGGGGGGGGCCCUCGGGGGGGCCCCCAAGCCCUUGGGCUUCUAGGAAGGGUGUCGUGUUGCUGCUGCCCGAAGAAGGGGCCCCUCCGGCGUCACGCAUUCGUUGGGAAGAAAUCACAGAUGUCGUUGUUGCAGACUGCACCUGGUACCAGGUUCCAGGAAUGCAGAAGCAUCCAGCGCUAAAGGAGCUUCCCCGCGUUCGGCUGGAUGGUCAGGGAGGCGCCUUCUGGAGGCGUCACAAGGGGGGGCCUCCCGAGUUUCUUUCCUCGGCUGAAGCCGUCUACUUGCUUCUCAGAGAGAGGGAUGGAGGGUCUGCCCCCCUCGGUGCCGCCGGUAUCUCGUCAGCUUCGCACGAAAAAGAAAAAUUCGAAACAGUUGUGCUUCCGACCGCCCCCUGUUUAUGUACUGAGGCACAUCUCCGAGGACGUCGAUCAAAUCCUCCCUACAGCGGACAGCGUAAAACUGCUGAGCGCCGCGUGGUUGGUGGGUGUGCGCACACGUCUCACCACCACCCUCCCCAGAGGAGGCGUUAA